UCUAAAAAAAAAAUUAUAAGACCACCACCACGCAGACGCGCUUCUGGGGCACGUUAACAUAAUCCCCUCUCACCGACAGAAACAUUUUGCUUGAUGCUUUGCUUAAGCGAUUGCUUCGUUCUCACUCAAUCUCUCCCCCACCCCUCAAAUUCGCCGAUCUACUUUCGCUUUUCUGGUCAGGCCUAAGACUAAUCCCCCCCAAUUCCUCGCCAUGGAUUCCGCAUUUCAAAUAGCCAUAAAGAAAAUCGGCGUUUUAAUCUUUGUUCUAUUAUCAACCUCCUUAACAACGAUCAACGCUUCAAUCCACAUUUAUCAGAAACAACUCUUCAAUGAAGUCGGCAAUGCUUACCUUCUUCCCGGUGGCAGCGAAGGCCUCACCGCCUCUCUCUCCUCCUACAAGUCCGCCACCGAUGGCCGCUCCUUUAUUCGAUUUGAGAAUAUCACAUUCUGGAGGACCCAGGCUGAUGCAGAUGAACAUAAUGACAUGGAACAUAGUACCGGGUUGAUACAAGCGGUGAUUUUUGAGGCUGCUGAUAGAAAUAAUAUUGGUGGUUCAGCUUAUGGUGGACAGAGAUCAAUAUGUUGCACCCCUGAUCUUGCUAAGCUGGAAGGUUGCAAGCAAGGUGAAGUCAUUAGGAUGCCUUCAGCAACAGAUAUUAACUGGCCAAUUGUUUUAAACAUACAGUUCGGUGGGAACCAUUUAUCCACAAGUAUGGACAACGCAGAGGUUCCCAUCAUGAAGACUGGGAUGUACAAUUUAUUUUUUAUAGCAUGUGAUUCAAAACUCAAGGGAACAGUAAUGAGUGGGAAGACCGUGUGGAAGAAUCCUGAUGGUUAUUUACCUGGAAGAAUGGCUCCAUUGAUGAAGUUCUAUGUUUACAUAGCAAUUGCCUAUUUGUUACUUAGUGCCAUUUGGUUCUCGCAGUACAUGAGGUUUUGGAAGGAUAUCCUGCUACUUCAGCACUGCAUCACUGCUAUCAUUGGUCUGGGUUUGUUUGAAAUGGUGUUGUGGUAUUUUGACUAUGCAAAUUUUAACAAUACGGGGAUGAGACCCAUUAUAAUUACAACUUGGGUUGUGACAGUUGGGGCAAUAAGAAAAACACUCUCUCGACUUCUCAUUCUUUGUGUUUCAAUGGGUUAUGGUGUUGUACGCCCAACUUUAGGUGGCCUUACCUCAAAGGUGCUUCUUCUUGGGGCAACUUAUUUUUUGGCAUCUGAAUUGCUGGACAUUACCGAGUAUGUAGGGACCAUCAAUGACAUAUCUGGGAGAGCAAGACUCUUCCUAGUCCUUCCUGAUGCAUUUCUGGAUGCAUUUUUUAUAUUGUGGAUCUUUACAUCUCUUUCAAAAACACUGGAGCAGCUACAGGUUAAAAGAGUAUCUGUAAAAUUGGACCUAUACAGGAAAUUCUCAAAUGCAUUAGCCAUGGCAGUGAUUGCUUCAGUUGCAUGGUUAACUUACGAGGUAUACUUCAAAGCAGCAGAUCCAUUCAAUGAGAGGUGGCAGAGUGCUUGGAUCAUCACAGCUUUCUGGGACAUUCUUUCAUUUGCACUACUCUGUGUUAUUUGCUACCUUUGGGCUCCAUCUCAGAGCUCCCAACGGUAUGCGUACUCAGAAGAUGUGGGGGACGAAUUUGAUGGUGAAGAAGCUCAAUCUCUAACUAGGGGGCAGCCUGAUGGGGAUGUCGGUUUAGUCAAGCAGGAGAGAAAGAAUGGAAAUGCUGGUGUCUCUGAUCAGGAAGAUGACUCAGAAGAGGAUAAAAGCGAGUAAAAUCUCUAGGUGGAACAUUCUCUUAAUCAACCUUGUUCAAUAGUGUCGAGCCACCUCGACCAGAGCCCACCGGAAGAUAAACAUGUUAUCCUUGGAGCAAAAGUUCUUCGAAUUAGCACGCAAAGGGAGCAAAUCUGUUACCGAACAUUGAUCUUUGCAUACGUAGGCUGUGGGUUGAGAGCUGGUAGAUUUCUUUGUCAUUUGUCCAUAUCAUGCAGUGGCAUUCUUUAAUUUGUACCUGAACAUGAGAAAAGGAGAAGCAAAUAAAACAGGUACUGAAAUGGCAUUGUUAAGUCUCCUAUCCUGAAUUCCUGAUGCAUGAAUUAGGUAUUGUAAUCAUGAUGUUUCUUCUUUGUAGUAAUAUUGGGUGUUUGAUUGGGAGAACAGGAUUUAUCAAAAGACAAUUUUAAAUAAAAUUGCACCAACUUCUAAUUUCAUUUGGAAUUUGCCUCAAAUUGUACAUUCUUUUAUUGUAUCAUCCACUUUUUGUUUUCAAUUUAUUUUGUUACCCAUUAGCAUAGAAUUGAUGUAUCUCUCAUGGUUAAAAACACAAAGUUAACAAAAGUAAGAGCCAUUUGAAAACUGGAAAGUUAAAGGGACUAAAGUCGAAAUACCUUAAGUAUAUGGGAGCAAAAUGGAAUUAUAAUAUCCCCACUUUAAGUGGCCAAAAACAAAAACAAAUUUAAAAGAAAAUAAUCCAAGGAUCAAAGUGAAAUUUCAAAAACAAAUAAAAAUCAA